AUGGUCGUCGCUUUGGUCCAAAAGGUAGUCCUUUCCAAUCAACGAUUUGACUUUAUUCACGGCAAAUGUACCGACAAGCCUAUAUCCAGAAAUAGUGAGAACCUGUCGGAUUCCGACAAAAGCUCACAAUCUACCCCAAGGACGCCUACAAGUCCGUUGUCUCCUUCAUACGGAUUUUUCAGCACAAGACCUCAAUCUCCAAGAGGCGCCAAACGCAGUUGGUCCCUUCCUGUAAAUAAUGAUAUAUGUCCACGGUGUACGAAACCUGUUUUUGCAGCUGAAGCGACCGAGAUGGAAAAAUUUACUGUCGCGCCUGUUACUCUAAAGAGUUUGGUCCCAAGGAUAGGAUUUUCAUUCCAAGCCUAUCAGGUGAUAGGCCAAUUGCACGAACGCAAAAAUUACCUGAGAACGAAGGAUCGACUGGAAAGAGUGAACGAAAUAUCUGUCGCCAAAAUUGAUAGGGAGAGUUUAAAGCAACGACAGGCUCUCUGGAGUAUAAUAGAAAAAGAAAGUGUUUCAGACGAGGAAACGCGAACAAAGGCGCUGAGGGUUAUUGACGCUCAAUUUGACCUCGAAAUACUGUUACGUCAUCGUGAGCUGCAAAAAAUUGAAGAAGAGCUAAAAAAAGCCGAAUUAACCCUUGGAACUUUGAAACACUGCAUUUUGGAACCUCCCACUUGCACCAACAAAGCAUCGAUCCGCGAAACGACAACUCCCAAGGAUUUAGAUUCCACCUCGAAAUCCCCUUCGACACGUCAUUCGACACGUAAAAUCUAUUCUACCAGAGAUAACGAUUAUUUUUAUUAUGAUCCAUGCAAAGCUUUCUCAAUCAUUGUCGACUCUCACAUAAAAUUGAGUUCCCCAACCAUGAAGAAGCCCUUCUCAAUUGCGGAACUCCAGUGGUAUAAUGAUUAUAAUAUCAAGACAUCCUGCAAGAUCAAGAAUUAUCACAAGACCGCCAUCACUCCGAACUAUAUUGGGGCAAUCAAACCUGACGGACAAUCGUGCAAGCCCAAGAUUAAAGUAUUCGAAGAGGAGAUCGAUGUUGAGUUAGAAGAAUUACCGCACAUAGGCGCGAAGAAAGAUUCUAGUGUUGAUUUAACAAAUUCGCGAUCGUUCAACAAUAAAGAAGCUAUCACCCAAACCAAAAAUUUAUCGUCAACACUAUCGCAUAGUAAAUCCCCGGAGAAUCAAAUGAACAAGACGAUUGGAAUCAUUGAAGAUAAUUCCUUAUCCCCAAUAUUAACGAAAAAAUCUCUGCUAAGGAACGACCCAUCGUCUAAUGUUAGCGAUACCCAAAGGGAGACUAAUGAUUCUGAGGAUAUGCGAAGUACACAGUUUAACUCCCCAAUGGACAUUGAUACCUACGAUAUGGUUACGGAGGAACCGCGGGAUGAAUUAUCAAAUAGAACGGCAAUAGACAUGGGAGCCUCGUGUUCUCGUGAGAAUGACAAUGCGAUAUUUAAGUCUGAUGAUAGAUUGCCAAAUUUUGAGUCUUCCGCAUUCACUAUGAAAAUUCCAAAGGAAACAAACAUAAACACAGAAGUCACCACGAUAUCCGCAGUACAUACAAUACCAGCACGUUCUAGUGUUUUUGAUCCGAUAGACCAUGGAUCACGAUUUUAUGUUAAAAGACGUAUUGUCGUUGGGAACGUUUCAAAGUGGAUCGCCCCAGAAAAAAGGGAUCCAAGUUUACAAAAGUACACGCAUAAAUGGAUGGUUUAUAUUACGGGUCCCCCCUACGACCUGGACAUUUCUCCAUUUAUACAAAGGGUUCGUUUUUUCCUUCAUCCAAGCUAUCGCCCUGUGGACGUAGUUGAUGUAACAGAACCACCUUUCCAACUCAUAAGAUAUGGAUGGGGUGAGUUCCCGAUGAGAAUACAACUGGUCUUUGUGGAUAAGAAGAAUAGACCUGUGGAUAUAAUUCAUGUGCUCAAGCUCGAUGAAACUCACAAUGGAAAACAACAACUAGGUAACGAGCGUGCAUUUGAUCUAGAAUUGGAUCGAAAUACACAUUUCAUCUCUCCUAGACCUGAAAACCAAUCGCGACACAGAGUAGCCAAAAUCAAAAAUAAUCCUCAACGAGGAUUAUCUGAUGUGAACCAUUCUUCUAUUGAUUCGGGUACCGAAAAUUCAAUACAUAAAGAACAAGACGAUUUUGACACUGAUAACCUGAAAAUAUUAGAAUCAUUGUUGAUUGAAGCAGUUCAGGAAAUGUUCCUCAAUUGGGAUAGCGAACUUCGUAAAAAAACGGAAUUGCAUAGGGCUCGUCUAAUACGUUUACGCGUUCUUUUAUUAGCGCAAAAAACGAAUGACUUAAAGAUCAUACAAGCCGCGGCUUCCAUAACCGCAACGCAGUCUUGGCAUGAAACUUCUGUUUCCAACUCAACUAAAAAUGUUGCUGUGCCUCUUCCCCCUUACAAAUGCAAGAGGAGACCUCAUUUUCUAGAAACUAAAAAGACAAAGUUGCGAAGUUUGACAAUAGCACGAGAUUUCUUGGAUGAACUGAUGACUCAAGACAAAGUUGAUCAAGGUGAAGGGAUGAUGAAUGUCAAAGAUGCUGGUAUCAAUAAUUCUCUCAAUCUCCAAUUUGAUGAUAUCCUAAAUAUUGAUUCAAAUAAAGACACAAAAGAAUUUGGAAAUUGGUAUAAAACGGAUAUAUCUGAUCCCCAAGGGAUCGAUUGGAUCUGGAAUGUAAUCAACCAACUUAAAUUGAGUGGCGUAGCGGCCACCAAGUUAAUGUGUAACAGCGACGGUGAAAUUCUCGUCGAAAAUGGUGACGUCGAUGCUGCCAUAACACAACGCUUGGAAACUGGAAACCUAAUUUUUCAG